AUGAACGAUCAGUCUCAGAUCCAAAUGAUGAAUCAGCCGCCUCAUCCAGUGCAGUCGCAGAUGUUGAACCAGCAAUCUCAAAUGAUGUUACAGAAUCCUCAGGUACUGAAUCCGGUUCAGUCGCAGAUUUUGAGCCAACCUUCGGCAAUGAAUCAGCAUCCUCAGAUGAUGAAUCCGGGUCAGCCUCAGAUGCUGAACCAGAUGGCGCAGUCACAGGCUAUGAAUCAGCCUAUGAUGAUGAUUCGUAGCUACGUGCCAUGGCCGAAGCAAGACCCCAGCAUGAAGUACCACCCGUUGAUAAAUUCAGGUUUCAUUCCUUCGAAGCCGAGAAGCAACUGGAAGAGCAAGAAGGGAGUCACUGACAAGCGCAAGGAGCAUAGAAGAUCAGAUAAACCGUUUCAGAUUAUCUCUAAUAAUGCCUCCAAAAGUGGUCCUGGAGGCAGUGGAGCGUAUAAGCCCCCUACUCUUCCCGAAUUGCAGUCUCAAAAUCGCAUAAAAGCACGAAAAUUCUAUCCUAAGAAGAAAUUUAAUAAUAGAUUCGCACCUUAUGCACCUAGGAACACUUCUUCAUUUAUUAUUCGUGCAAAGAAGGCUGGCGGCAUUGCGGAGCUAGUUUCACCUUGCCCUGUGACACCGGCAGUGCUGCUUACACCUAUGUUCUCACCGUCUAGGGAGGUUUUAGGGGACAUGGCAAAGGAAGAGUGGGGGGUUGAUGGUUAUGGGUCAAUGAAGGGGUUGAUUAGGCUGAGGUCUUCACUGGAAAAUGAGGAUGAUGAGGAGGAAGAGGGAGGAGGGUCGAGUGAGAGUGAUGUAGAAGAGCAUGUAGAAGUGGAGAGAAGAUUAGACCAUGAUUUGAGCCGGUUUGAGAUGAUAUAUCCAAAUUCCGGGGGUAUAGAGUAUCACAAUGUGUUGGAGAAUAGGGUAGAUGAUCAGGAUUCCCAUAUAAGGCAAUUGGAGGAGGAGAAUUUGACAUUGAAGGAGAGGCUCUUUUUGAUGGAGAGGGAGAUGGGGGAAUUAAGGAGGAGGUUGCGGGUGUUAGAGAGGCGUGGUCGGGUAGAGGGUGCGAACGGGGAGGUGGUGGAAAACUUGUCUGAAGGGAAUGAGAGUGAGGGAGGAGCAUCAGAUGUUGGUGAUAAUAAUGAAGCGUUUAUUUAUCCUCCUGGGAGUGGGGAAGGACAAAUUCUUCAUAUCGACACAAAAGAAUUAGAAAAAGGUGUUAUUAAUGUUUGUAUGGAAGAGUUUGUACCAGAAAAGAUGCAUGUGAAGGACAAUGUCAGUAAAGAUGAAGUAGCGGAAAUGAGUUUGGACCAGUUAAAGUGA